UCUUAUCUUUUUUUUUUUUAAAUAUUUGACAAGGCAUAAACAAUAUUCAAUUUUCCAUUGUAAAAACUAAUUUAAAAAUGACAACAAAAUCAGGAAAUUUAGGACUUGGUUCACUUGAAAAAUGGGAUAUUGCAACAACAAAAAAAUUUUUAAAACUUUAUCGCAAUUAUAGAUGCCUUUGGGAUCACACAGAUGCUGCAUAUAAAGAUAAAGCAGAACGUCAAAAUGCUUUAGAAAGCAUAGCAAGUGCUAUGAAUAUAACUGGAUUUGAUUCCCGUUAUGUUGUAUUAAAAGUACGGGCAUUACGUUCAACAUACCUUUAUGAAAGAAGAAAGGUGAGAUUAAGAUUAAAGAAUGGUGAAAAAUUUCAGACACAUUUGGGAUGGUUUCAUUUAGCUGACAGUUUUUUACGAAAUUAUGUAGUAGAAAAAUCGUAUUUGCAUGGUGAUGUUUUUAAAGAUCCCAAUAAAGAUUUACCACCACCAGUUGAAAGUGAAAAUUUUGAAAAUGAUGGUGAAGUAAGUAAUGUUGGAUUCCCAAAAGAAGAAUAUGCACAAUAUGAAUUGUAUGAAUGUCCAAAAUCACAAAUAACAAAUUAUGCUGAAAAUGAAGAUCAAGAACUUCAAUUACAUGUUUUGGAAGUUCAACAGCAACCACCACAUGAACAACAACCACAACAACAACAAUUACAAGAGAUUCAAAUUAAAAAUCCUUUAACAAUUAAACAAGAAAAAAUUCAAUCUCGUAAAACUGAAACGAAAAAAAUAGAAGUACCUUUGAAACGAAUCAAAACCGAUUCUGAAUCAACUGGAAUUCCUGUUCUAGAAGAAAAGAAAUUUCCCUCCGAAGAACAUAAUCAACAAUCAGUUACAACAACUCAGUCACAGCAACAACAAUCAUUAAAUCAAAUAUCAUUUAAUAUGAUACCAAUUAGUCAACAAACAACAAAUUCAGUUCCAAUAUCUGUACAAUCAAUUUCUAAUAUAAAAGCAGAUGUAAAUACAACUUCAUCAAUACCUGAUCAUCAUGGAGGUUCUGUGAAUCUAACAAUGUUACAAUCUGAUACAGUACAAAAUCAAAAUUCAACAACUAUAUACGAUAAUUCACAUAAUAAGGCUAGUGAAGAUGAUGAAGAUGAAUUUGAUGCAUUCGCUAAAAGUGUUGCAAUGCAAUUAAAAAAAAUCCCUAAGGCUGAUGCAUACAGUUUACAAGUUCAAUUUCAAUUACUUUUAUCUCAGGCAAAAUUAAAAGCAAUGGGUAAAGGAACUUUAUCUUUUGAUUUAUCUGGUUUCUUAGGUAAACAUUAAUAUUUAAAUAUAAAAUAAAAGGCAGGAAUAUUUUAAGUAAAAUUGGGAACCUAU